UAGCAGUAACUAAAGCCCUGGGAUGUAGUGUACUUGGUCCCGUUGAUAAUCCAGCGUUAUAUAUUAUUUAUGCUGUUCUAGUAGGCUACACAAUUUAUUUCCUUGGUCAGAUUAAAUAUGUGCAGAUUAUGCUUUUAUUCUGAAGGAUUUUGACCGGAAGUAUCGACAUUGUUAUGGCGGAAAGAACGUGUUGCUACCUCGUGGCUCUUUGCAAGCAUAGAGUGACCUUCUUAAGAUUGUUAUAAGCUUCUGCAGCUCAACCGUUAGAGGCAGCCCACAGAUACAACAUGUCCUCUCAGGGAGAUGGGGAUGCAGAGCAGGGCCCUGAAACAGUGGGACCAUCGCCUUCUUCCUCCACUGAAACUGAUGCCACCAGUGGCGACGUCAUUACUGUCACCAUUGGUGCAACAGUGCCCACAGGGUUCGAACACACUGCUGCAGAGGAGGUCAAGGAGAAAAUUGGGGUUGACGCACGAAUUAGCAAAGACCGUGGUCGUAUAUACUUUCCAAUAACAAGUGACAAGCUUUUUCAGGUCCAUCUUCUGAGGUCUGUGGACAACCUGUUUGUUGUGGUCGAGGAAUAUGAUCAUUUCCAUUUCAAAGAAUCAAAGGAGGAGACGCUGAUGGAACUGCAGCAGCUUGCUUCAAAACUCCCCUGGACUAAUGCACUAGAGGUCUGGAAACUAAACACCGCCCUAAAAAAGAAGAAAAGCCACCGGAAAGGAGGGAAUGGCGUCAAAUUAAAACCUACCAGUGAGGCCAGUGAUGCAGCUGUAGCUGACACUGAGCGGCAAGAGCUGCCUCAGGCUAUGGCUUCUACUGAAGGCCAGAUGGAGGUAGAGAGCACACCUGACACGGAAACGUGUGCACAGGACCUCGAGGAGUCAGCAGCCAUGGCCAAGCUCAUCAAGUUUCGUGUGACAUGCAGCAGGGCCGGUGACAAACACAGCUUUUCCUCAAAUGAGGCAGCCAGAGACUUUGGUGGCGCCGUACAAGAGUUCUUCCAGUGGAAGGCAGACAUGACGAAGUUUGACAUCGAGGUAUUAUUAAACAUACACAAUGAAGAGAUGGUGAUCGGCAUUGCACUCACAGAGGAGAGCCUUCACAGGAGAAACAUCAGUCACUUUGGACCCACAACACUGCGAUCAACCUUAUGCUAUGGCAUGCUCAGGCUGUGCAAACCUCAGGCAUCUGACAUAAUACUUGAUCCAAUGUGUGGGACCGGAGCUAUACCACUGGAGGGGGCCAUCGAAUUUAACAGUUCCUUCUACAUCGCUGGGGACAACAACGACAUGGCAGUUAACCGCACAGUCAAUAACAUAUGUCACAUCCAGAAAAGGAGGGCAGACAAGGGCAGUGCCUCUGGAUUGCCCAUUGACACAGUGCGCUGGGAUCUGUGCAACCUACCAAUAAAAACCAGCUCUGUUGACAUUAUCAUCACUGACAUGCCCUUUGGGAAGAGAAUCGGCUCUAAGAAGAGAAACUGGGACCUCUAUCCUUCCUGUCUGAGGGAAAUGGCCCGUGUGAGCAGACCAGGCUCAGGAAAGGCUGUCCUCUUGACACAGGACAAGAAAUGCUUUGCUAAGGCUAUCUCGAGGGUCGGAGGACUGUGGAGUAGGCUGCAAACAGUUUGGGUCAAUGUUGGGGGUUUACAUGCCGCAGUCUACCUCCUUAAGCGGACCCCGGCGCUGUUUAGCUAAACAUCCGGGGACUUCCGUGAGUCACGAGGACCACGAGAGGGAUCACGAGGAGGUCACUAAAUGACUUGAUGCCUAUAAAUGCUCCAUUUAUAUUCAUAGCUGAUUUUCUUUAUUUAUACUAUUUUUGGAGAUGAACGUUUUCUCCUUAAUUGAUGUUCUCUUCUCCAUCGCACCACACAAGUUUUAUUGUCUAAUCACUGCAUUUGUUAUUUGAUUUAAUGUGCUAAAUGACGCCAUUUUUCAUGUUCGACAGCAGUUUAAUAGGUAACACACACUGACUGAAGUUCUAAUUUCUUAUUACUGUAAAGAAACCUGCUGAGAUCUACUCUGUGGAACUGUUGACAUAUGUUCUGGUUAAUAAAAGUUUAAACAAAA